UUUACAUACGCAUGAGAUUUCGAGAAACCCUUCUUGGUUGAGAAACAAAAGUUGCCUUGGAGCGAUGAAAAAAUAAGUCCGUGAAGACGAGGGAAAAAUGAACACAUCGCCAAGAAAAACCCUGUAACUUAGACAUCACAAAAGUUUGUAUAUAAUGCGUCUGCAGAGAUAUGUAGAUGGAUCAAUCUAGAGAUAAUGAAAGUUAGACAAGUGCGUUGAAGUUUGACGGGGUAGUUGAUAAUCAAGCAAAUUUUUUCUUCUUCUGGAGUCACAAAGUUGGCAUCGGUAGCCUAAUUUACUUAAGGCGGGUGCGGAAGGCUUUUCACCUGACAAAAAUGAUGUGAGAGGCCGAUAAACCGUUAGAAUUUAACAAUAAUACUUUAUUAUUUUUUAUGUAGCGACCUAUGAAUUAUAGGAGCAGUAAUACGAAACUAUUGGGGUUAGAGGCGACUUUUGUGGAUAGUUUACAACACUGGGCCAGACUAAAACUAAACUUUUCAAUGUUAUGAAAUAGUAUCAGAAAACGAACUAUACAUUUUAUAUUUGAUAUUGAUAACCUAUCGUAGGCAAUUCAAGUUAAAUAUAUUGGCGUAAUACCGAGGUAAAACCCCAACUCUGCUACCUAAUCGGAUUUUUCUAUGAGCUAACGUUACCUUGAUAAAAGUAGUUUGCUCAAUCGUUGGAGAAGUGGACUUUCAUUUUUCCCCCUCAUCUACCCUGCGGAUUACUAAAUUACACUUAAUCAAUAGAUUCUAUCAGCUAGUCAGUUUUAUCGUUUCGUUUUUAGACAAUUGUUGAAAGAAUUUUACGAAACGAAUCAUGUCUGCUGAGGAGGAGAGAUUCAAACUGGUCGUCGUGGGCGGGGGAGGUGUGGGGAAAAGCGCCUUGACCAUACAAUUCAUUCAGUCAUACUUUGUAUCGGAUUAUGACCCAACCAUCGAGGACUCCUACACCAAAAUAUGCACAGUGGAUGGGAAAGAGACACGAUUAGACAUCUUGGACACAGCAGGUCAAGAGGAGUUUGGUGCAAUGAGGGAGCAGUACAUGCGCUCAGGAGAAGGCUUCUUGCUGGUGUUCGCUCUGAAUGACACUGGCAGUUACAAUGAGAUCCACAAGUUCCACACCCAGAUACUGAGAGUGAAGGACCGGGAUGACUUCCCCAUGGUGCUGGUGGGGAACAAGGCUGACCUGGACCAGUCGAGAGUGAUCUCCAGAGAGGAGGCCCAGGGCUUUGCCAGAGAGAACAGGAUCCAUUACAUGGAGGCCUCGGCUAAGAACCGCUACAACGUAGACGAAGCUUUCCUGGAGGUGGUGCGAGCUAUAAGAAAGUUUCAGGAGACUGAGAGUCCCCCUCUACCUGCAAACCACACAGGAAAGCGGAAGAGCGGUGGCUGUCCCUGCAUCCUCAUUUAACUGUCCCCUCCCCUGGCGUAGCACUGUUGUCACAGAGACCAAAACCUCACCUCACCACUGAUGCAAGUCUUGUCUGACUUACCUGGAGGGAAAUGGGAAGAUUGGGCAAGGGAGGGGAGAGAUAUUCACUUGGAAAUGCAAAACAAAACCUGUAUGGGGAGGUUUGGGGAAUGGGGCAGGAAUGUAUGUGUGUGGGAGAGCUUGCUUACGUCAAUGGUGGGCAAAGUGGUGGUGUUACACAUUUCUUAUGGUUUCAUUCACACUUAGAAAUUAGCAUCUUCAAACUUUUUUCUAUACUUGUUUUGUAUUUACGGUUUUGUUAUUUCAUUAUUGAGUAAGGAUGUAAAGGGAGGCCUUGAGAUAGAUGAAAAGAGAGCAAGAUAUGAGUCCACAGCCUGAAGAAAGAGUGAGAGAGGAGGGAUGGUAAGGAGAGAGAUCUCACAGAUACUGUGUUUUAGGUGGCCUCUUACAUUUGGUUGUCACUGGUUUGAUGUUGCUGGAAGGAAUGGAUAAUUUAGAAACUAGAGGGUGCUGUUAUUCAUACCUAUAACAGAAAAGAAAGGGGAGCCCAGUUAAACUGAAAAGACAAAUUAGAUUUUUGAAAGAACGCAUGAAAAAAAGUGAGAUAAAGAUGAGGCAGAAUGAGAGUGGAAAAUAAUGUUUGAAACACUGGUGUUUUUUCACGGUGUAGUAUCCAUGACCACAUAAUAUAUAUUUUUUGCACAACUUCAACUUAUGGACUGGUGGGCAAAAGUAGUUUGACACUAAAGUGCUAUUUUUUAUUUUAAAAUGACUGGGUGGAAGUUUAGGCGUGUCCAGGUACUUUUUGUCUAUGCAUACAGGUGUAGGCCUGCUUUUUAAAGUCAUUUUUAUUGUAAUGCUGUUUGCAAAUUUUUGCCACACUGCUACCAGCCAUGUACAUCAAGGAGUUCGUUUUUGAACUGUAUUAAAUGAGGCAAAGCUAAUGAAGAUCUGUUGAAAAGCUGCAGACAAGGCAUCAUUCCUAUCAACCAAAAUAAUUGUGGGUCCAACAAUGAGAACAAAUGCAGUGUAUUUAUAAUGUUGGUGUUAUGUAAAGUUCAAUAGUAUACAGGGUUAACUGAAUUAACAACAGAGACAGAAUGCAAUAUGGAAUUUUCUUAAGUUUGUGGUAUGGCCUUGUCUCCGGGGAUUGCUCCUCAGAGCCAGAUGCUGAUGACUGGUAGCCCUACACUGGGCAGCUGGCAUCGGAAACCAAACCCGCUGCCCGUUAUUAUAACUGGGGGAGGUGGAUGGCUGUCGACAACUGUUGAUGAGAAAGUGAGAGAACAUGGGUAAGUUGACAUAUAAAUACAUUGUAAGAUUUAUGCCCAUUGGUUGAGAAAGAGGACGGUGAUAAUUACAGGAGUGAGCCCAUGGGCUGAACAGCAAGCAUGAGGAAUGUGCAUUAUUGUGCCAUGCUUAUAGGCUAUAAGGUAAAUAAUGAAUGACAUUCUGGACGUGGCUAAUAGGAAAGAAGAGAAGACCGCUAUGCUGCUGAUAAUACGUUUGUAUUCAUUCCCACUAUGCCCAUAUAAUAGGAAGCUAAGUGAAUUAUGCUACGCUUACUUGAAGUUAACCAAGCAUUCAGACCAGCCUUCCUGAUUGAACUUCCGUAAACUACAUUUGUCUGUCAAGUGUUUGUUUAGAGAGGAUGUGUAGCACUAGUCUUGCAAACCUUCAUAUAGAUGUAAUUAACAUCUGACUAACAGUUCGCCUACUUUUCCCCUGGGUGAUAUUUCACACAAAACAGGAUAGCCAUCUAUAUUUCUGAAAGAUUCUGAAUGUGCUCCAUAUUUGUGAGUUGAAUUAGACUCAAUUCUGUGACCCUAAAAAUAUUUGAGAUGUUUUGAUGAAUAAUUUGAGUUCUCAAAGAUGGCAAUCUUAUUUAAUUUGUGAAAUAGAACCCUGUUGAUGAUGUAGGAUCAACAUGUGUCCCCCAUUUUUGUUCUUUACCUAAUUCUAAAAUAAUGCAUUGACUCUGUGUUUGAUACUGUAGUGUAAUAAUCCACAACAUACAAUUGUACUUAAGUCUGUUAUAUGUAAUUAUUUUGAACAGCAAAAAGCCGUUUGUAUUCGUAUACCAAUGAAUCUCAAACUAUAUCUAACUUGUAAUCUGCCGGUAUCUGCCAUGUGUAUUUUCUACUGAAAUAAACCAAAUACUUUUUUUACACAUUA